AACUCGAAACUUGUAUGUUCUCCUAAUUGUAAAAUAUUUGUUUUAUCUUUGCUUAUACAGACUACACCUAGGUCGAAUCUCUUCUGAAUUCAGUUGUUCAAAAUGGCAUCACUUCCGUCCCAAUCUUGCUGCUACCAGGGCUUUAGGCACAGUGGAGCGCCGAAAGGAACGCUGUCGAUGGUGAAGGACAUAGAAGUCUAUACCAGCUAUCCUCCGGACAAGUCAACCGAGUACGGAGUCUUGAUGUGCGUUCUCCCUUCGCUAUCAUAGAAUGAGUUUCAAGUCUAACAGAGCUCUCCAAAAUAUGUAAAGCUUGACUGAUAUAGUUGGUCAUCGCUUUUCUAACGCCCAAAUAAUUGCUGAUCAGUUUGCCGAGAAUGGGUAUUUUGUAAUGAUGCCGGAUCUUUUUCUUGGUGAUGCUGUCCCUUUAAACAAGCCCGGUGAAUUCGACAUGGGGAAAUGGCGUAGUGGCGCCUACCAUCCACAGGGCAAGAACCAUCUCCCAGAAACCGUGGAUCCCAUAGUUGAAGUUUGUCUCUCCGAGAUGCGCUCUAAAUAUCAAUGCAAGAAAAUUGGUGCUGUGGGUUAUUGUUUCGGCGGUAAAUACGUCGUUCGACAUCUAAUUCCUGGAAAGAUGGACGUGGGCUAUACUGCACAUCCAUCUCAUAUUGACGAGAGUGAACUCAAAGGAAUUAAAGGUCCGCUGGCCAUUGCAGCUGCAGCGAAGGAUAAUAUCUUUCCAGCAGAAAAGCGUCAUGUUUCGGAGGAAAUUUUGCAGGAAGUUGGUUUUCCAUAUCAAAUCAAUCUGUACAGUGGUGUCAGUCAUGGCUUUGGGGUCAGAGGGGAUAUGAAUGCAGGCGAAGUGCGAUAUGCCAUGAGAAGUGCGUUUGUACAGGCAGUGGAGUGGUUCAACGAGUAUAUGAAGGAAAAAUAAACCCUACUAUCUACCUUCUGAGAAAGGGAAUCUUUGUACUGAAGAGGCUGUAGCGAUGUGGCUCUGGCCUACGAGGGGUAAUGUGUCACGAAUAUGCAGCAGACAUGGAUGAUGAGGCCUAGUAUCCGAUUCCUUAGACGAUGAAGCCAUAGUAGAGGUUCUCCAAUCUUGACUCGCAAAGUAACCUAAAUGAUAUCGUUCACCUAGCCAGUCAGGGUUUGUUUUG